CGAGAUCUGACUCUGAGUCUCUACUCUAGUCGGUCCUCUUUGGAUACCACCCAAGUUUCUUCACAAUUUAUCUCCCGUCUUCUAUGAGCAUUUUUAUUCAUUUUCACAAUAUCGUACCUUGUCUGGUGAAAAAACACUUUGAAAUCAGUAAAACCUAAUGGGCCUUAACUCUGUUGUACGCAAUAUUCUACUUGGAAUACCAAUCGGAGUGACAUUUGUCAACACUGUAGGGUAUGUUGCGAGGGUGGAGGGAAUAUCAAUGCAACCAGCGUUGAAUCCAGAUGCCAAGGAAUAUGAUUACGUUUUCUUAAAUUGUUGGGCUGCCCAUAAUUACGAUAUAAAUUACGGUGAGAUUAUUUCAUUCAAGUCACCGAAGCAUCCGGACCAGAAGUUGAUUAAGCGAGUCAUUGGACUUGAGGGCGACGAGGUGGGAACCAUUGGAUAUAGAAGUCCAGUUCUCAGGGUACCUGAAGGUCAUUGUUGGGUAGAGGGCGAUAACACAGGACACUCAGUGGAUUCCAACACAUUCGGCCCACUGUCCCUCGGUCUUGUGAUAGCCAAGGCCACUCACAUUGUCUGGCCGCCGAGUCGAUGGCAGCAGUUACAUCCUUUGGUCCCUGAAGACAGGACACCUCUGAGAGUAUCCAAGCAGUCACAGCCAGCGUAG